GUUGGACCACGACCUUUCCUCGCAAAAGGAUGUCUCAAGGAAUGGCUGCUGAGGAAUCUUGUAACCGUUCUGGAAUUCAAGACAUAGUACUCAACCAGGCAGCUGCGGUUCACGAUCCCCCACCGCCUUAUCCAUCGCAAGAACGGCGCUCACGCGCGGCUCGACAUAGUCGGAGGCAUCGCUUACCAGCGCCAUUAUCACCACAGGUUCCACCAGAUUCGGAUCGUGCUUCAGGAUAUCUUUCCCCUCAAUUAUCAGUCUCAACUCAUUCGUUCCCUCGCACUGAAGAUGCCACAGAGCAGACACCACUACUUGGUGAUUUUCUGUCAGGCUCCGCCCAACGUUCGUCGGGACGUCAGAGGACACAUUCGCAGUCGAGCACAAUUAUCUCGUCCAAUUCAUUUGCGCCCUCUCUAGCGCAAACAGUGCUAUCGUUACUCCAUUCUGAUCCAGAUAUCGAGUCUGACGUGGACAUAUAUGAAGCGAUCGGGGAUGACCGUGACUAUCUGUGUGCACACGAUGGUCACCAGAGGCGUCACCAGCGUCCCGGUGCACCAAUAGAGUCACAGUCUGGAGGCUCGCACAGCUGGCCGCUGUUUUCACGGCGCUGCUGGUCUCAUUACUUCCGACCCACGACUCGCAGAGCAUACCAUGCGGCUGUAUUCCAUCUUCUAGUGCUUAAUUUUCCCUAUGCCCUCCUUGCAUGGGUCUACCUUUUCGUAUUUACUUUGACUGGUACAACAUUAUUAAUUGCCUUGCCUUUGGGUGCUCUCCUAUGUUUCCUUAAUUUGCUCGGUGCCAGGGUGUUUGCGAGGGGAGAACUCGGUCUCCAAACAACAUUCCAUGGGCCUCUUGCUUACCCACCUCCAUAUCCCCCCCGGCCUAUCUUCCAGCGGAUGCGACCACCGCGAUCAUCUGACGUAGAGUCAGGGUCACCAUACCACGAAUCUUCAUUCUACAAGAACACGAUAGCCAUGUUCACGGACUGGACAUCCUAUCAGGCAUUAUUUUAUUUCUUGGUUAUCAAACCGAGUAUCACUUUGUUUCUAACCAUCCCUCUGCUGGUGGUGGUCCCUGUGUCGUAUGUGCUGGUGUUUCCCGCGCCAAUGAUUCUCAGAAUUGUUCGGAAGCUGGGAAUAUGGCAGGCCAAUGUUGCAGUAGAAGGGUUAUACUUGGCGGUAUCGUGAUUCUCGAUUCGUUCUGCUUAUGAGUACACAUGUAUCUACUGUACGUAGACAUUCGCUUUUCUUAGACCUUUGCAACAAGCUGUGAACUAUGCUGUGAA